AUGUUUGUGAUAUCCAAAAUAUGGCUUGGAUAUGGUCUCAUAUCAGUUGUCUUGUCAGCAUUUCUUGUUUUAAUAAUAUCAACUAGCCAACUUUUCAAUCAAUCCUUCUACCGACUCGUCACAAUUCAUCUCGUUCUUGUCAUUCUCAGUUGGAUCAAUUCAUGGCCCAGUCGAAUCGUCUACACAGAAGAUUCUCCGUAUUUCGCAAGAGUUCUCUUCGAACAUUCUCCAAGAUUAUUCAAGUCUUUCACAUUCCUCGGAGUCGCGUUUUGUCAUAUUCAGUCAUGGAGUUCAAUUGUGAUUUGUAUCAACAAGCUGAGAACUGCAAAUCCCGAGAAAUAUGAAGAACGGAACAAAUUCUGGAAUAGAUGGUGUCUUCUGAUCUAUGGAUUAAUUAUAGCAUUUGGCUUAUUGGCUGCGAACUACUUGAUCGUUAUUCCGACUAUCCGCUAUCUCCCUGAAACUGGAAAUUUUGUGUUCAUCGUGAUGAAUUUGGGAGAUGGAAUAAUGAACAUAUUUCUCGUUGGAGUUUUUCUGAUUCUCUACAUUUUGAUCAGUCUCAUUAUUGGAUUGAUUACUAUUUGUAAAAUCAGAAAACACGAAGAAAAAGGUUAUCACCACUCGUCAUUGGUCAUCUUGGCUCAUACAUUCUUCCGUGUUUUCUGUCUUCUCUCGCUCAUGGGAUCCUUUUUCUUGCAAAUUGAAGAUUUCACUGUCGAAAUGAUGAUCACUAUUGUCGACUUUAUGACAUUCUCCAUGACAUACAUGCUUCUUUUCUGCGACGAAAACGUGAAAAUGGCAUUUAGAACAUCCUGUUCGUCUGGAGACUCAACUUAA